AUGGCCAUGGAGGGCUACAGGGGCUUCUUGGCGCUGCUGGUGUCGGCGCUGCUCGUCGGCUUCCUGUCUGUGAUCUUCACCCUCAUCUGGGUCCUCCACUACCGAGAGGGGCUCGGCUGGGACGGGACCGCGCUCGAGUUUAACUGGCACCCGGUGCUCGUGGUCACCGGCUUCGUCUUCAUCCUGGGCAUCGCCAUCAUUGUAUACAGACUGCCAUGGACCUGGAAAUGCAGCAAGCUCCUGAUGAAAUCCAUCCAUGCGGGGCUAAACACUGUUGCUGCCAUUCUAGCAAUUAUCUCUCUGGUGGCUGUUUUUGAUUUCCACAAUGCCAAGAAGAUCCCCAAUAUGUACAGUCUGCACAGCUGGGUUGGACUGACAGCUGUCAUUCUCUACGUCUUACAGCUUCUCCUAGGUUUUUUUGUCUUUCUGCUUCCUUGGGCCCCACUUUCUCUCCGAGCGCUUCUCAUGCCCAUACACGUUUAUUCCGGACUUUUCAUCUUUGGAACAGUGAUCGCAACUGUACUUAUGGGAUUGACUGAGAAACUGAUUUUUGCCCUGAAAAGUCCUUCAUACAGUUCAUUGCCACCAGAAGGUGUUUUCACAAACACCCUUGGCCUUCUGAUUCUGGUGUUUGGGGCUCUCAUUUUUUGGAUAGUCACCAGACCACAAUGGAAACGUCCUAAAGAACCGAAUUCUGUCCUUCUUCAGCCAAACGGAGGUGCUCCAGAGGGAGUGGAAAGUUCCAUGGCAAUGAACUUUGGCAACGUGGACAAAUCAGAUUCGGAGUUAAACAAUGAAGCGGCAGCAAGGAAAAGAAACAUCACCCUUGAUGAGGCUGGACAGAGAUCCACCAUGUAAAGUGGGGUAGCAAUGUAGCCAUAUAACUCCAGUUUAAAAAACUAGCUCUCCAGUUUAGCUUCUCCUAUUUACCCAUGAGAUGAUUGAGGUCCACAGAGUCAAUAUUUAUUCUAAUCAGAAAAUAGGGUGUCUUGAAAGUGUUUAUAUUGACUGAGGCUUAUGAACUUGCCCAAAUUGAAAGGGAGAUGAUCAAUGUAAAUAUUAAUAACAGUAGAUAUGAAUUGUGCUUAUAUUACCUUUUUCUCAUUGAGGACCAAAGCAUUUGGCACAGUGCCUUGCAUAGAACAAAUGAUCAAAAUGUCUCUACAGUUGGUAAAUCUGAUAAACUGGCAGCUUCCCUGGCCUCUUAUCAUGUAGUCAUUUUCUGUUUAUUCUGGGAAUCCAGUUAUAAAAUUUUGGAAUCAGAUCAUGAAUAUCUGGGACAGAGUUAAUGCCACACAGGUAUCAUGACUAGAGCCCAGAAAAAAAUGUAGGAAAGGAACUGGCUCCCUUUUCCCCGUAGCUGCCCUUUGCUCCCUCCGCAGCUGGUCCUUAGACUGGCCCUGGAGACCAGGGUUUAUUUUCGGGCACUUUGGAGCAGUGACAGGACUAUAGGUUGCUGAAGGUCUCCUCUGGUCGGACCUAGAAGUUUUUCCAAAUUGACUUAAUCCCAAGGCUUCCUUGGGUUUGGUGUACUUUAUGAUCCAGAUUCCAAACCUAAUUAUGAUGAGAAUAUACCUGGAUACAUAAGCAGUAUAAACUGCUCUACAAACCUCAAAGAGCACUGUCCCCCAAGUUUCUGGUGUUUUUAAACAUGGAACUUACUAAGUGCCAGUACUAUCCUAAGCACUUUAUAAAUCUUAGCUCAUUCAGUCCCCAGAUAUAACUUUUGCAGUAGGCACCAUUUAAAUCUUCAUUUUAUGGAUGAGAGAUCUGAGAGAGUUUAGUAACCUGCCUCAAGGUCACACAGCUAAUGAGUAGUGAAACUGAGACUCCAAAACUGGCAUUUUGGCACCUCAGGUCAGUCCAUGAUUCACUAUGUUGUUGUCUUCAUGCAUGCAUCCUAAGUCGCCCAGUCAUGUCUCUGCGACCCCAGUCCCUGCCUGGCUUCUCUGUCCAUGGGGUUCUCCAGGCAAGAAUCCUGGUGUGGGUUGCCAAUUCUUUCUCCAGAGGAUCUUUCCAACCCAGGGAGCAAACCCAGAUCUUCUGCAUUGCAGGUGGAUUCUUUACUCUCUGAGCCACUAGGGAAGCCCAUGCUAACUUACACCUGUUUUGACCCACCCUUGGAUAAGCCUCAUUUGGUGGGAUGCAGUAGAGUUUUUAAAAUUUACCUUCUGGCUCUGUUUACAAGGCAGAUUCCUCAAAUAAACAAGAAAGAGGGCCUACCCUUACCUGGAGAUUCACCAUGGGCACCCUGCCACUGCCAACAAGCCGUGGCUUACCUUGAUGCUCCUUUGAUCUUAAAAUUAUGUCUUGGUAAUGAAGAGAGGUUUAGGCAAGAACAUCUGUAGCUUUCAAAGUUCAUCAAUUAUCAUUUCAGAUCUUCAGAAUCUUAGCUGCUAAAUAGCUUUGGGUUUGGAGGUAGGAGAGAUGAACUUCAUGGUCUGCCCUUCCCUGGAGGCAAAAGCUAGGGUCCUUCCUGAUUGGGUGGAAUUCUAGGGGGUAUCUUGUGUUUUGGGUUCUCAGUAGUGAAUUAAGACUCAGAGAUGAUGGUUUUCAUACAUGAGAUCUCUGUCUAGGCUCUGGCCUGUCUUAAAACCUACAGUGGUGCCUAUGCUGAAACAAUGCAUUUUAUCUGAGGGUUGAUUAUUUGUUUCCCUGCAAUUUUAAACUGUUUCUACCAAGAAAACUUAACAUUUUUGGUGUUUAGUGAAUUUCCUUUUCGGGUAACUGGUAAUUAUGCCCAUGGACUGAGUGCGAGCUACUCUCCAUCACAUCCCUGAAGUUUGAUGAUCAUCAUUUGAGUCGCUUGCCAAAACACUGUUGUCUUCUUCAUUCUCUUUCCAAAAUUUUGGGAAUAGUCAUCGGGAUCCCCAGUGCCCAGCCCAGUGCCUGGGAUGUAUGUAUGCAAUAUGCACGUACAUUCAGUAGAAGUAGAGCCUGCUGCAGUUUGGGUCCUAAGUGGAAGGAGGAAUUGUCACACAGAAACAUAUUUUGGUAAAUGGAUGUUUCAUUACAUAGAGGUGCACAAAAUUCCAGGUAUUUUGGGGGGCAAGGGGUUAAUGACCACCCCAAGGAUUGAAGCUGCCAUUCCAUUUUCAUACAGGCCAGGAAAGAGGUUAUCAAUGAAAAGUUAAUUACGGGUUUGGCACUCGACUGUGCUGCCCCAUUGAGAAGUAUUGGAGCACUCCUCAUCUCAGCCCUUUAUUUUAUCCUCUUGUGGGCUAAUGUGAGGUUCAUCUUACAGAUAUUAUAGGAACUUCUUUUCUUUCUUUCUCAACCUUUGUGAAAACAAUGCACAGUAAAAUAUAUCUAGAAAAUCUUUCUGUUUGAGGUUCUUUUAAUGGACCUUUUAUUCUAAUGAUAAUUAUACCUUUAUCUUUCAUAAAGCUGGUAUUUCCUACCUAAAGCAUAGCCCCCCAAAAUAUCUCAUUAAAAAGUCCACAAAAAGAACACGGGAGAAGAAAGCCUUAGGUGUCAAUUCCAAAACAGUGAUUGAAAUCUUCCCAAAUAAUUAUAGCUUAUAUCAUCUACAGAGAUUGUCUGGCUUGCCUUACCCCAUAAUCUAAUUUCAGGGAAAAAAGCUAUAUUUUAACACGCAUCUAAAUCAACACUAAAGCCUUUUGUCUCGAAGCAUUUAUUGAGAAACUCAGACGAUUAUACUUUUUGAAUUAAUGUUAUCAAAAGUGUACAGAUUCCUGUGCUCAUUGUGUCAAACUAAAUCCACCCUCCAAAGUACCUUCCUCCCUUUCCUCUCCUGGUUUCAUUUAAGCUGUGUGGGUUAGAAACAGUAUCUCAGAUCUUAUGAUCAAAUGACAGAGGAGGUAAUUGCACUUUUUAAGGAAUACUGACAAGUGAUUUUUGUUUCUAAAGGACAAAAUAAAGAGGAUGUCUUGCUUUUAAUUAGGCUCUUUCCCUGCUGAGUUGGAAAUUCCAGUGCAAAACUGAUUGACCGCAACUGCCAAAGUUGAAAGCCUGAAGUAAAGCUUUUUGCUAAUUUUAUUGCAGCAUGAUGGAAUUUUUAUCUUUGUAUGUCCUCUUUUAGAUAACUCUGACAGAAAACUGUAACUGCUAUGUCUUCGGGCUACACAUAGUAAAGUAUGGAAGAAUGAAAACUUCUUUAUCCUCUACAAAGUACCUGAAAACUCUAAGUGGAAAGUAUUUCUCUGUUUAAAUCUAUCUUUUUAAUCUCAAUACAUUUAUGCAAAAAUGUUAAAUAGCCUGAAUAUUUUAUAAUUUUGUAGAAAA